UUGCUGAAGAAUAAAGACAAAACAUCAAGCUUUUAAAGCCAUAAAGAUAGGAUAUCGUAGGACUAACGAUAGGAGAUCAGAUUAAAAAUACAAACACAAACGUUUUUACAACUUUUCAUAACGUUGUAUUUUCAUUGUAAUUAGGUAAUGUUGCAGCACAACAACAUUUUAAAAACAGCACCUUAAAUAAAAACAAAAGGACAUUUUGUAAAAUAACCAAAUUGGCACGUUUUCUUUGGGUAGGCUAGUAAAAAAAAGUUAAAAGUGAAAUAUUACGUCUGAGAUACAUUUAAACCAAUGUAUAGCAUGUGUGUAUGUGUGUGUGUGUUUACAAAUGAAUUCAUUUUAUGUCUGUUUAUUUUACAAUAAUAGUUGUAUACUUUUAUUCCCAUAAAAAAAUUCUUUAUUUUGAAAGUUAUCAAGACAACGUCUUCUGUGUCCCAAUUCGAAGGAUGCGACCUUCUGACGUAUUCUAACGUAUUGCGUCACAGCAGCGGGAUUGAAGGUCGGUCACAGCAGCGGGACAUAAGUUCAGCAAGGCCGUCUAUUUCCAAGGAUGUUUAAAACGAUAUCUCAAAAUGGGUGCUUUUUCUGCGCCGUUAAGGAUAGAACGAGUGUUUCUCUUUGCUGACUUUGGAGGCUGCCACCUUCACAGACCGAGUGCCUUCUGAUGUCGCGUCCUUAGAAGGUCGCAGCCGCUGAAUUGGGACAGGAAUAUUCAGCGUCGUUUCUAUGGUAACAGUAAACAACGUUAAACUGCAAGUUGUCUUUAGGACUCUUCGACUUUAUCUGCACAUUAGCCUAAUAUCUAUCAUGUCAGACGUUGGCUCUGAAGAGUUUGACGACGAGCAAGGGUCACUGGGGGAGUAUGAGGGAGAUAGAAAUGAAGCUGGAGAGAGACACGGACAAGGCAAAGCUGUCUUACCUAACGGAGACACUUACCAGGGAGAAUACGAAAACGGCAAGAGAUCUGGUCGGGGCACAUACAAGUUCAAGAAUGGGGCCAGAUAUACUGGAGAGUGGUAUUUAAAUUUAAAACAUGGACAAGGUUUAUUUUAUUACCCAGAUGGAUCCAAAUAUGAAGGAAGCUGGGUUGAUGAUCAGCGUCAGGGUCACGGUGUUUACACGUACCCUAAUGGAGACACAUAUGAUGGUGAAUGGCUACGUCAUCAUAGACAUGGGCAAGGUACUUACACAUAUCAUGACACAAGCUCUCAGUACACGGGCACAUGGAUCAUGGGUAAAAUGGAGUCAUCUGGAGAGCUUAUUCAUCUGAACCACAGAUAUCAGGGCAUCUUUGUUAAUAAUAAUCCAUCUGGUCCAGGAAAGUAUGUGUUUAACAUUGGGUGUGAGCAGCAUGGGGAAUAUCUUCAGAUAGAUCAGAUAAAAGAAGAUACAGAGGAAGAGGAGCCUGUCAUAACAACUACACUAACAUGGAAACCCAAGACAGUUACUGGGCUUUCUAACUGGACCAAUAUGACAGAUACCUCAGUUAUAGAUUGAACCUUUAAUGAAGAUUGUGUCUGUCUUUUGUAGAUCAAGCUCUUGUGGAAGAGUGAGCGAAAAGGACCCGAAUGAGAAAAAUAAGUGUGAUACAUAGAAAGAUGAUAAUAAUACAUGAACAUAUCAGUUAAUAAUACCUAAAAUAUUAAUCCCAUAUACACUCCCUGGUCUCCCCUGCAUACUGAAUAUGUAUGCAUUUCUUAGAGUUAAAUUAGAUUUACAUUUAUGCAUUUGGUAUAAGCCAAAGUGACUUGCAGUGCAUUCAAGGUAUUCACUUUAUCAGUAUGUGCGUUUCAGGGAAAUCAAACACAAAACAUUUUGCGUUAUUAAUGUGUAUACACUUUUUAAAAAUAUAAAAUAAAGGUGCUUUACAGCUAUGCCAUAGAAGAAACAUUUUUGGUUCCACAAAGAACUAUUCAGUCAAAGGUUAUUUACCAUUCCUUUCAUACGUUUUAAUAAUCCAAAGAACCCCUUUUCACUACAUAGAACCUUUUUUUUGAAACGGAAAGGUUCUUCAGAUGUUAAAGGUUCUUUGUGGAACCAUUCUAGGUUUGCCAACUAUCCCGCAUAAGCCGAGACAUCCCGUAUUUUGGGCCAAAUUGAUUUGUCCCUUAUGUGACCUCCUGUGACCCUUCAUUGUUCGACUUGUUGUUCAUGUGGCGCCACAAGAACCGAGAGGCAGAUGACAUCGAAAUCCUACGAGAGCGAUUUGAGAAAUCAUCCAGAGGAGACUGCUAUCGAAAUGCUCUCGCUGUACUUUGAUGUCAUCCGCGUGUUGGUUCCAGUACCGCUGCACAAAGUCGAACAAGCAGCAACAGCAGAAGUGCUGAUCAUGACACACGAGCACAAUCAUUAUACGGGUCUUAUAAUACGAUUUCAUAUUUUUUUGUUAUUUAGUGGUUUAUUUAGCUAUAUUAUUUAGUUACAAAGCUCAGUUACAUUUCUAAAAGAUUGCUGAUCCAGACCUGCCUAAUAAAAUGCCUCAAUCUAAAAUGACACAAGGCAUUUCCAACUAUGCUAGGACAUUCUUCAGCAUUUAAGUGUGUUUUAAUUAUUUGUUAAAGUAUUUAAUGUUGACUCUGCAAAUUACAUCUGUUAUUUUUAAUUUGUCACACGUACGAUUAAUAUCAAGGGAAUUACGUUUUCUAACCCUUAGUGCAUGAGUAACAAGUGUUUUAGUAAAGGUAAUGGUUUAAAUGAAGAAGUACCUGCUGUAUAUUAAAGGGACACUCCACUUUUUUUGAAAAUAGGACCAUUUUCCAGCUUCCCUAGAGUUAAACAUUUUAUUUUUUACUGUUUUGGAAUCCAUUCAGCCGAUCUCCGGGUCUGGCGGUACCACUUUUAGCAUAGCUUAGCAUAAUCCAUUGAAUCUGAUUAGACCAUUAGCAUCUCGCUAAAAAAUAAUCAAAGAGUUUCGAUAUUUUUCCUAUUUAAAACUUGACUCAUCUGUAGUUACAUCGCGUACUAAGACUGACAGAAACUUAAAAGUUACAAUUUUCUAGGCCUAUUACCAUAUCGGCUAGGAACUAUACUCUUAUUCUGGUGUAAUAAUCAAGGACUUUGCUGCUGUAACAUGGCUGCAGCAGGCGCAAUGAUAUUACGCAGCAGCUGAAAAUAGUCCCCUUAGUAUCUUUCAACAGCAGGGGACUAUUUUCGAGCACUACGUAAUAUCAUUGCGCGUCCUGCUGCCAUGGUACGGCAGCAAAGUCCUUGAUUAUUACGCCUAAAUAAGAGUAUAUUUCCUAGCCAUAUCACAACUUUUAAUUUUCCGUCAGUCUUAGUACACAAUGUCACUACAGAAGAGUCAAAGAGUCAAAGAGAGUGAUAAAGUUGGCAACCCUAAACCAUUUAGCCAAUAAAGGUUUUUCUAUAUGGCAUUGUGAAGCACCUUCAUUUUUAAGAGCUGAGCUACAUGAACGCUGUAAAACAUAAUUAUUUUUCCAACAAAUAAACGACUCACAAUUCAGGAUCCUGUUUGCUACUUUGAUUUAGGGCAAUUAAUUGUGAUUUUAAAAUGCAUUUGAUUCUGAAUGGUACACUACAUUGUCUUGUAUUAUCCUGAAGAUAUUUAUUUUGGGAAAAGAUCAAUUGAUUUUACAUUGUGCUGUUUAUUACAUUGCUUACCAAAUAAAUAAAUGAACAUGACAUAUUGA